CGGGCGGCCGGGAUUCAGGAAGCGCCUCGCGGUCCCGGAGGCCGAGCAGCGCAGACGGGUCCCCGGUCAGCAUGGCGGAUCCCAGCGGAGGCCCCCACGCAGGGCCCGGGGAGGUGGCUGAGACCCCCGGGGACGAGAGCGGGACCCCCGGGGCUGAGGCCUUCCCCCUCUCUUCUCUGGCCAACCUGUUUGAAGGGGAGGAUGGCUCCCCCUCCCCCUCCCCGGCUGACGCCAGCCGCCCCGCUGGGCCAGGUGAUGGGCGACCAAAUCUGCGCAUGAAGUUCCAGGGUGCCUUCCGCAAGGGGGUGCCCAACCCCAUUGACCUGCUGGAGUCCACCCUGUAUGAGUCCUCGGUGGUGCCUGGACCCAAGAAGGCACCCAUGGACUCGCUCUUUGACUAUGGCACCUAUCGUCAUCACCCCAGCGACAACAGGCGGUGGAGGAAGAAGGUCAUCGAGAAGCAGCCGCAGAGCCCCAAAGCUCCUGCACCCCAGCCGCCCCCCAUCCUUAAAGUCUUCAACCGGCCUAUCCUCUUUGACAUCGUGUCCCGGGGCUCUACUACUGACCUGGAUGGGCUGCUUCCCUUCUUGCUGACCCACAAGAAGCGCCUGACUGACGAGGAGUUCCGGGAGCCGUCCACAGGGAAGACCUGUCUGCCCAAGGCCCUGCUGAAUCUGAGCAGUGGCCGUAAUGACACCAUCCCUGUGCUCCUGGACAUCGCCGAGCGGACAGGCAACAUGCGGGAGUUCAUCAACUCGCCUUUCCGGGACAUCUACUACCGAGGCCAGACUGCCCUGCACAUCGCCAUCGAGCGCCGCUGCAAACACUACGUGGAGCUCCUGGUGGCCCAAGGAGCUGACGUCCAUGCCCAGGCCCGGGGGCGCUUCUUCCAGCCCAAGGACGAGGGAGGCUAUUUCUACUUUGGCGAGCUGCCCCUGUCGCUGGCCGCCUGCACCAACCAGCCCCACAUCGUCAACUACCUGACAGAGAACCCGCACAAGAAGGCGGACAUGCGGCGGCAGGACUCCCGCGGCAACACGGUGCUGCACGCGCUGGUGGCCAUCGCCGACAACACCCGUGAGAACACCAAGUUCGUCACCAAGAUGUACGACCUGCUGCUGCUCAAGUGUGCCCGCCUCUUCCCCGACAGCAACCUGGAGGCCGUGCUCAACAACGAUGGGCUCUCGCCCCUCAUGAUGGCCGCCAAGACCGGCAAGAUUGGGGUCUUUCAGCACAUCAUUCGCCGGGAGGUGACAGACGAGGAUACGAGGCACCUGUCCCGCAAGUUCAAGGACUGGGCCUACGGGCCAGUGUAUUCCUCACUGUAUGACCUCUCCUCCCUGGACACGUGUGGGGAAGAGGCCUCUGUGCUGGAGAUCCUGGUGUAUAACAGCAAGAUCGAGAACCGCCACGAGAUGCUGGCCGUGGAGCCCAUCAAUGAACUGCUGAGGGACAAGUGGCGCAAGUUCGGGGCUGUCUCCUUCUACAUCAACGUGGUCUCCUAUCUGUGCGCCAUGGUCAUCUUCACCCUCACCGCCUACUACCAGCCACUGGAGGGCACUCCUCCGUACCCUUACCGCACCACCGUGGACUACCUGAGGCUGGCGGGCGAGAUCAUCACGCUCUUGACCGGCAUCCUGUUCUUCUUUACCAACAUCAAAGACUUGUUCAUGAAGAAAUGCCCGGGAGUGAAUUCUCUCUUCAUCGAUGGCUCCUUCCAGCUACUCUACUUCAUCUACUCUGUGCUAGUGAUUGUCUCAGCGGCCCUCUACCUGGCGGGAAUUGAAGCCUACCUGGCUGUCAUGGUCUUUGCCUUGGUCCUGGGCUGGAUGAACGCCCUUUACUUUACCCGCGGGCUGAAGCUGACGGGAACCUAUAGCAUCAUGAUCCAGAAGAUCCUCUUCAAAGACCUUUUCCGCUUCCUGCUGGUCUACUUGCUCUUCAUGAUUGGCUAUGCUUCAGCCCUGGUGUCCCUCCUGAACCCGUGCGCCAACAUGAAGGUGUGCGGCGAGGACCCCACCAACUGCACGGUGCCCACGUACCCGUCCUGCCGCGACAGCGAGACCUUCAGCACCUUCCUCCUGGACCUCUUCAAGCUGACCAUCGGCAUGGGUGACCUGGAGAUGCUGAGCAGCACCAAGUACCCCGUGGUCUUCAUCAUCCUGCUUGUCACUUACAUCAUCCUCACCUUCGUGCUACUUCUCAACAUGCUCAUCGCCCUCAUGGGGGAGACGGUGGGCCAGGUGUCUAAGGAGAGCAAGCACAUCUGGAAGCUGCAGUGGGCCACCACCAUUCUGGACAUCGAGCGUUCCUUCCCCGUGUUCCUGAGGAAGGCCUUCCGCUCUGGCGAGAUGGUGACCGUGGGCAAGAGCUCAGACGGCACCCCAGACCGCAGGUGGUGCUUCAGGGUGGACGAGGUGAACUGGUCUCACUGGAACCAGAACUUGGGCAUCAUCAAUGAGGACCCGGGCAAGAGCGAGAACUACCAGUACUAUGGUUUCUCGCACACCGUGGGCCGGCUCCGGAGGGAUCGGUGGUCCUCGGUGGUGCCGCGCGUGGUGGAGCUGAACAAGAACUCAAACCCAGACGACGUGGUGGUGCCUCUGGACAACAUGGGGACCCCCAGCUGCGACGGCCACCAGCAGAGUUACCCCCCCAAGUGGAGGACAGAUGCCGCUCCCCUCUAGGGGCUGUGGGCGGGGCAGGGUCUCUGGCCUGCCGUCCAGCCCCAUCCCCCCACCCACCUGUUUCUACUCCACCCGCAUUUCAGUGGUGCCUCUCAGGGCAUCCCCCACGUGCUCCCUUGACCCCCAGAGGCGAGGGCCGGGCGGAGAUGAAGGGGAGGCCCCAGGACCCUCUGGUCCCCAGGCUGCCGCCCCCCCAGCUCUGCCUCCCCACCUGCGCCACCAGGCUCCUGGCUGCCUGUCUUACUCCCAUGGAGUCACAUAAGCCAAUGCCAGGGCCUCUCUGUCCCGGGGCGCCCCGACACCUGCCUCUCCAUUAUUUAUUUGCUCUGCACUCAGGAAAGUGGUGUGAUCCCUGCCCCCAAAUGGAACCUGGGCCGAGGCCUCAGGACCUCAUUCCAGGUCACUGCCGGCCAGCCCCCAGCCCCAGCCGGCGCCCUGGGCUGCGCACAGCACCC